GGAUGUUGAACAGCACUUGAAAAAGAUCUCUUGAAAACGUACAGCUUGAGUUUGUACCUCCUCUGCUGAAGUAUCUACACGUCGAUCGAUCGAGACGCAAGCGGAGCAUCAAUCACAUAUCGCCGAAAAAAAGAUGGGGACUUCCGAUCUCCCGACACAUCGCCAGCACCUGGGCCCAACGCUCGACCAGGCGGUGCUUCCCGAUCGCGAGCCACCCGUCUGCGUCUUCCACGUGCGCCUAUAUUUCGUCGGGAUCGGGACCCUGAAUACGGCCUUGGUCGAGGGCUUCAUGGCAAGAUAUCUCCGAUACCGAAACGGUGAAGACCGAGCGCAUCUGCACGUUGAUGAUAAUGAUGAACAAAAAACAAAAGCCAAGCAGGAUUGUAAGACUCCCGGCAGCUGCCGUGCGAAAGAGCGAGUUUCUCGCCUCAUCGUCGACAAGGACGCCGGUUUGGUCAUUCGCGCGCCUCUGUUUCUCUCAGACCGUGGGAACGCAAUUCACUUGGAGAAAAAAUACGACUCUGAAGGCGAAGGGGAUAAGCUUUUGAGAAUUUGUUCGCACCUUGAAGACGAACAAGUGGCUGGUACACAACCUGCUGCAGAAGGCGGGGAAGUGGACACGACGAGAUGCGGUCGUGGUGUUCUUCCAGGGCUAGCAAGCGUCUUCUCCACCAUUUCCGAACACGCCAUCAGGGCCACACACGACGAAGAACAGGAUAAUACCACAAAGACGACUUCCACCAGAGGCCAUGGAAGUACCCCGGCGCCGUGCACUGGGGGCGAUGUUGAAUCUCUUUUCAGUCAUGCAAAGGUCCACCCCGAAGUCGGGCAGAGGAUGGAACGGCAAGUGCUCUUCUUCGCCGUGCGCCCGCCUCAGGUUGACGAAGCAUUGGCGCAGUUCUUCACGGAAAAGCGCAACGGCCUCUCCAGCGCCGACGUGCCGCUGGUUUUUGUCAACCUAGUCGCGACAUUGACCAACGAGGAACUGCGUGACAAAAUGGCCCUGUAUUGGAAACUUGCGAAGCCAUCGAAUCCUGAAAAGUAUUUUUGGCAUCUCGCUUUCGCGUUCAUUCAAAGGCACAUUUCGCUUUCGCGCACGCGACGAUGAUCUUCUGUCUCGGUUCGAUGCUUUUCGUUCAGGGGCUCGGUUCGUCCAUCUCACGGGAUGAGAUGGGCUGGCUUUUUGUCACGCCCGUGGGGGUUACAAUUCUGAAAAUAGCGUAAAAAGGGCCUGAACUAAAAAACGCUUGAAGGAUGAAUGUGCCAACGCAUCAUACAGGCGCCGCGAUGAAGUACGAAGACAACUCGAGCUUGACCUUCACAUCCCAUCGACAAAUCAGGUAUCCAUCGACAAGCCUCGGGAUGAUGACAGGAAAAAUUUGCAUCGUCAAGGCCGUCCCCCUACCUCCGGCGCGGUACCUUCAGGGCUGCACAGUUGUUUGCAGGGAGGCAACAACUUUCUGUCUGGACGCAUCCGCGAAUAUUGAGCAGCAAGAACAGAACGAUAACGCUACCUGCGGCCCGACCGACGGGGAUACGGAAAUGGUAAAGCUUGUCGAAAAGCUGUUUGGGCUUUUGGGCACAGUGACGAUGUGUGAAAACACGGUAGACUUGCCCGUCUUUCAAACGAUGACGGGCCUCAUGGGUCAGUUUUAUCAGCAAAUGGACUGGCUCAGCGACUGGAUGGUUGAGCACUCUGCUUGCCGUGGUGCGGACGAAGUUACAACGGGCACAACAAUCACACAAGAGGAGGGAAAACUUUCAUGUUCAUCCCGCAUCACGAAGGCAAACGCGACAGAAUACGUGGCAAGCUUUUACAAAAGCAUUCUGGCCGAUGUCAUAGAGAAAUUACCGGCGCGCGAAGAGGUCUCAGACCAGGUCGAGCCCGCGAAAGCAAGCCAACACGUCCUGAAGCACCUGAUGGACGAACAGACCCGAGGUGGUAUGACUGUGAACAAUCCACAGAAAGUAGUAAUCGACAGAGUAGAUGGAGAUGGUGAUGCACGGUAUUUCGUCGCAGAAAUGGUAUGUUGCAUGCUAACAAAGGUGUGGAGGCCUCGAUAUCGUCUGGUGCACGAGCAUACAGAUACAAACACCAUCAUGCGCACUUGUACUAUUCACAUUUUUUUCCAUCCUCAUGCUCUUUGCAACUUGCGUGCGCGCUUUCUGAUGGAAACGCGGUCUCAACGAACAGGCGAUGCAACACAUGAUGGAGACAAAACGGCAAACGGUAGACACAUGCGAUCAACUGCUGAACAGAUUGCGUGGCAUCAAAACAUGACACUUGACGGACAGAAACACGAUAACCACACACAAAAGAAUUCCACGAACAGAAAAACAGAAAACUAUUCAAGAUAACUCUUCCACGAAUGCCG